AUGGCAGUACAGUUGAUAUCGAUACCAGAGGUGGAGAGAUUGAGUGCGUCGGUGAUCAGAAUAUUGGCCGGAAAUCCCGGCAAGUUCACGUUGCAAGGUACAAAUACAUAUCUCGUCGGUCGUGGACCCCAGCGGCUGCUUAUCGACACGGGCGAAGGCAAACCCAGUUGGAUCGCAGCGUUAAAAUCGGUGCUCGCGGCGGAGAGAGCCACUGUGAGUCAAGCAUUGCUUACUCACUGGCAUCACGAUCAUAUCGGUGGCGUGGCAGAUUUGUCGAGAUUAUGUCCUAAAGUGAAGAUAUAUAAACAUCAGCCAGACGGCGGCCAGGAGGAUAUACAUGAUGGGCAAGUUUUCAAGGUCGAGGGAGCAACGUUGACGGCCUUUUAUACGCCGGGGCAUGCCAGUGAUCAUAUGGCAUUUGUCCUAGAGGAGGAAAAUGCCAUGUUUACGGCCGACAAUGUAUUAGGACACGGCACAGCGGUGUUUGAGAACCUCGGGGUCUAUCUGACUAGUCUUGAGAAGAUGAGCGCUCGGGGGACGAAAACAGGAUACCCGGGUCACGGUCCGAUCAUUGAAGAUUGCAAAACGAAAAUAGCCGAAUAUAUCAAGCACCGACAACAAAGAGAAAACGAAAUCUUGCGUGUUUUGGAAUACGGGAGUUUAGAAGCCUCUCCUAUGCCGGAGUCAUCGGAGCGCAAACCCAGCUCCUGGACUCCGAUGGAACUUGUCAAGGUUAUCUACCAAAACGUGCCGGAGAAUCUGCAUCUGCCGGCCGCUUACGGAGUGAGCCAAGUGCUCCUCAAGCUGGAAGACGAUGGAAGAGUAAUCCAUGACCGGAAAUCCGAUAAAUGGACGUUGAUCUCUGUGAGAUCGACGCUAUGA